AUCGAGAUCUGCCCCGCCUCUCGCUCGAAGAUGUGAAGCGGGAAAUCUUGCAAGAAGAUUUCCGCCGUCGUGAAUUGGCGGGUCCCGAUGGUGCCGGAGUUGCAAGCAUGGGCCGUGGGCACGGCCGUGGAAGGGGCAGAGGGCGAGGAGGCAGAUUUGGCAGCAGUAACUUCAACGGAGGCCAUGGCAAUGGAGGAUAUGGCAGCAACAAUAACAACAAUGGCUACGGGCGUGGGCGCGGUCGAUUUGAUGAUAGUUAAGCAAGAGAUGGUCAGUGGGAUACAUGUCAAGGGGGAGCCCAAUGAGGUGCUUGGCUGUCCAACAUGCAUGCAAGCCAAGUUCACCCGCUACCCGUUCCAUAGCUCGGAGACAACGGCGAAGGCACCACUUGAUGAGGUGGUGAUGGAUGUGGUGGGCCCCUUGAAGCUUGGAGCUGGUGGAGCUGAGUACUUCCUCACCAUUGUGGAUGUCUACACUCGCAUGACUUGGGUGUAUGUGCUGCCCAAGAGGAGUGAUGUAGCUGAAACGGUGAAGACCGAUUGGUUGCCGAUGGUGGAGCGGCAACAAGACCGGCUUGUGAAGGCGAUUCGCACUGACCGUGGGGGAGAGUUCCUGAGCAAGGAUUUCUCAACUUGGCUGAAGAAGCAGGGCAUAAGGCACUCUCUUACCAUGCCCUACUCUCCUGCAAUGAACGGCAUCGCCGAGCGUGCGAAUCAAACACUCACGGAGACGGCUCGGGGACUUCUCAUUGAAGCCGGUCUACCCAACUAUUUUUGGCCAGAUGCGGUGCUGCAUGCUUGUGUGGCCAAGAACAGAGCCUUGACUCACGUGGGAGAAGACAAAUGGGUGCCUUAUGUGGAGUGGAUUGGAAGGAAGCCGAAAGUGGAUAUGCUUCUGGUGUUCGGGUGCAUGUGCAUGGCACUUGUGCCUAAGAAACUUCGGCACAACAAGCUUGAUGCCAAGGCAACAUGGGCCGUGCACCUGGGCAUGGCUCAAAACAGCAAGGGAUGGCUUCUUUGGGACCCAUUUACCGAGAAGUUCUUGGUGAGCAGAGAUUGCAAGUUCAUGGAGAACUUGCCGUACAAGGAGUGGAAGGCGGAGAAUCAAGCGAAGAUUGGUGUGCGGCUUGGAGAGGUGAAGAGUACCGGCUUGGAGCAUGUGGAGCUACCCUUGGAGCUGAGUAGCAGCAGCACUAUCACAAGGCAAUCUCCUCAAAUGAAUGGGGGAGAAGAGGAGGAGGAGGUGCAGCAAGGUGAUGAGCGUGCACCGUCACUUGCGCCUCGUGCUACAAGUGCUCGCGCGAACCGACCAGAUUUAUCGCAACGCCAUGAGAGCAUCCAAGUCCCUGCAGCAGAGGAGGAAGGUAGGGGGAGAAGGAAGACUCAGCCCCCCAAAAGGUUGAGCUAUGAACGGCUUAGAGGUCCAGCCAACUCAACCUUGACCGGUUCGGCUCUCAUGCUAGGCGAUGAUGCGGAAGAUGAAAGCGAGGAGUGCGCUUUUGCCUUCUUCUCUCCGGUGGAGAUGCCGGGGGAGCCAACAAAUCCCAAGGAGGCUUGGGAGGGCCCCAAUGGGAAGGAGUGGAAGAAGGCCUCAGAUGAAGAAAUGGGGAGCAUCAUCGAGAACGACACCUUUGACUUGGUGAACCUACCUGCGGGGCGUAAGGCGAUUUCUUCCAAGUGGCUCUUCAAGCGCAAGACCGACGCCGACGGCAACAUUGAGCGCUACAAGAGCAGACUUGUAGCCAAGGGGUACCAGCAGCAGGAGAAGAAGCACUAUAAUGAAGAAUAUGCUCCUGUGGUAAAGGGUACAACCCUUCGAACUCUCUUCGCCGCGGCGGCCAUCAAAGGAUGGGUGGUGAAGCAAAUGGACAUCGUAACGGCCUUCCUGGACGGAGUUAUGGAGGAAGAGACCUACAUGGAGCAGCCAGAGGGAUACAAUGAUGGGAGUGGUAGAGUGUGGAAGCUUAAGAAAGCACUCUAUGGCCUCAAGCAAGCACCUAGGCAAUGGUACAUCAAGCUGCGGGAAGUCUUGGAGGCGAUCGGCUUCACCCCCUCAACGGCCGAUCAAUCAUUGUUCAUGCUUGGCGAGGGGGAGCAGAGGAGCUUCAUGGUUGUUUAUGUGGAUGAUAUCCUCAUAUUCUCACCCUCCUCUGACCUUGUGAAGGAUGUGAUGCUGAAGCUUCAAGACAAGUUCAAGUGCAAGACCCUUGGUGACGUCAACUACUACCUUGGGCUUCACAUUGAGCGAGAUGUGGAGAAGCGGUGGAUGCGAGUGCAUCAAAAGAAGUACUUGGAGGCCUGGGCUGCAAACUUUGGGAAGAUUGAAGGUCAUGUGGCUACUCCUCUUCCCUCGGGGUUCAAGUGUGUGAAAGGACCAGCGGAGGAAAGUGUUGGAGAAGAGGAGAGGCGCCGUUUUCAUUCCUUGAAGGGCAGCCUCAUGUAUGCGGCCGUUCACACAAGGCCGGAUGCAGCCUUUGCUACCGGGCAGCUGGCUAGGGUUGUCCAAUGCCCUAAUGAAGAGCAGGUAGCAGCUGGAGAGAGGGUGGCCAAGUACCUUGGCCAAACAGAAACUGUUGGACUGCAAUACUCCGCGGCGGCACAAAGGCUUCAAAAGGGUGCGGAUGGAGUCGAACCCGGGAGGCUCUUUCUCACCGCUUUCUCUGAUGCAUCUUGGGCAUCAGAACCAGAGGACAUGACAAGUGUGGGAGGCUUCAUCUGCUGUGUUGGUGGAGGCCCAACAGCUUGGGAGAGCAAGAGGCAAGUGGACCAAGUAUUGAGCUCGGUGGAGUCCGAGUACAUGGCACUCUUUCGUGCCAUAAGGGAUGUUGUGGCACUCGCAUGCCAAGUCGUCGUUUGUGUGUCGCAUGUGUUUUUUCUAUUUUGUCGAGUGUGAAGUGUCCAUCGCAUCGCAGGUGUGUGCAACAAGCCCCCAUCAACUCAAAAAGAAUUGAUCUUGCAGAUCCAAGACCAAGAGCUCAAGAUUUCAAGCCCAAGGGACGCGGAUAAAUAUUGAAUAAUGACAAUAGUAACGCUACUUCGUGUAGUGUUACAUUUCACUUGGUGUAGCCCCUUCGAGGGUUGGUUUCGAGACUCUUCGUGGUUGGGGACUCUGUGGUGGUGUACCACCAACCUGGACCUCGGCUCUUGGGGUAUGUAGAGGCUGGGAACCAUC